UAAAUGGUAACGUCUGCUGCUUGAUCCUCUUUGCUGCUACGUUCAAUACCCAGCCGUGGGAAAGGUGCCCUAUUGUGUUAUCGUCGUCUGUUUUGUACUCCUCACACGACAGUGAAGAUAUAUCAUAUAUCCAAUACGACAGGCAAGCCAAAGACGGCUGUGCUUCAGGCACAAAAGACUUUUCUCGGCUCCGUCGGUGUCAAAAUUCACAGAUUUAGGCACCUUUCAUCGUCAUGUGUAGCUCGUGCUUCAGUAUGUAAAUUGUCACAUCCCUCUGUGCUGUCGCAGAGCAAUGAGGACACUGAUUGACCUGCUCAGCCGAUACGUACCAUUUGAGAGCAACUGGUAGAGGCUCACGAACAUGGAAGAGCACGGAGUAGAGGGCUUGGCAGAAGUCUUCCGUUGCUUCAUUUGCAUGGAACGUCUCCGUGAUGCUCACUUGUGUCCCCACUGCUCCAAGUUAUGCUGCUAUGCAUGUAUUAGGCGUUGGCUGACGGAGCAGCGAUCACAGUGCCCCCAUUGCCGUGCUGCCCUUCACCUCCAUGAACUGGUUAACUGCCGUUGGGUUGAAGAGGUCACGCAACAGCUUGACUCUCUGCAACUGGGUGCAGCAAGUACAGGGUGCAAGGCAUCCCCCAGUGCAGCUGGGGAUGCAUCUACCUCAGCAGCAUCCACGGCAUCCACCGAGGAACGUUGCUCUCAGCACAAAGGAGAAAAACUGAGCGUGUACUGCUGGAAUUGCCGCCUCUGCAUAUGCCACCAGUGUGCCCUCUGGGGAGGAACGCAUCUUGGUCACGUAUUUAAACCUCUGGAGGAAGUCCACUCACAGCACGUGAGCCAGGUGCGAGAGCAGGUGCUAGCGUUGCGUCGGCGUCUGCUUCAUCUGCUCGGACUAGUAGCUCACGUGGAACGCAGUGUCGAAGCAGUCCGCAGGGCCAAAGAUCUCCGUGUUCAUGAAAUCCGCAAUGCAGUGGAACACAUGAUCGCCCGCCUGGAUGCCCAGCUCAAGGGAAAACUUCUGGCUCUCAUGGCACAAAAGAAUGCCUUGACUCAAGAGACUGAGCAGUUGGAACAGUUACUGCAAGCUGCAGAGACACAGCUUGCUGCAUGUUCCCGCAGUGAGCUCAUUGGGCGCGCCCCUGACAUUUUGCGCCGCCUCGGUGAAGCUCUCGGAAGGGGAGGGCCUACAGGGAGUCCUCCAUCCCCACCAGGUCCCGAAGAGUUUCCCUCGGAGAUGGUGCCUCCGUACGAGGGAAGCAUGUUUGUGCUACGAAGCUUCUCCCUGCUGCAACAAAGAGCAGAUCCCGUUUACAGUGCCCCACUAUCGGUGUCUGGGUUGACCUGGCGACUCAAAGUCUAUCCGGAUGGGAACGGUGUUGUUCGAGGCAACUACCUCUCCGUUUUCCUGGAGUUGUCGUCGGGUCUACCGGAGACUGCGAAGUACGAAUACCGCGUUGAGAUGAGCCACCAGGGAGGUGACCCCAGCAAGAAUAUCGUCAGGGAGUUUGCCUCGGACUUUGAGGUGGGAGAAUGUUGGGGCUACAACCGUUUCUUCAGGCUGGACCUGUUGGCCUCUGAGGGCUACUUGGCUAACGACUCUCUGCUUUUGCGCUUCCAGGUGAGGCCGCCAACUUUCUUUCAUAAGUGUCGUGACCAGCAGUGGUUGAUCGAACAGCUGCAGGUGCAGCACACGCAGCUUUUGCAGCAAGUGCAACAUCUCAAGGAGCGGGUUGCCAUUCAAAUGGCCCAGAAUGCAGUCUCUAGCAAUCAAGAGAAUGCAGAGCCCUUGGGAGCCAGCACAGCCAGUACAGUUGGCACAUCAGAUGCUACGAUAGUGGCGGAGUUGCCAGUGUCGCCGAGAAGUUCACGCAGCACCCAGUGUUGUUCGGAGGAUUGGCAUUUGCUCUCUUCGGUCGGGGGGAAUAACGUCGGCUGUCGAGGUGCGGAGGCCUUUUGUGCCAGCAGCAACAAUCCUAAGGUUGCAGAGCGUACGAAGGGCUGCUGCGACGCGGACUCCUCGAGCAAUGACAGCGAGCAGGGCGUGAGCGAGGCUUUGCUCGUAAACGGAAAAGAAACCCCGUCUGAGCCCCCAGCUGUAGAUGAGAACGACGUUGACGAUGAGACCAUGUCUGGGGAUCGUGAUGUAGAACAGGCAAGGGCCCGUUGCUGUCGCUGGUGGGGCACAGCUACUGGUACGGAGGAAGACGAUGAAUCUGUGCUGCUGCGCCUUUUAGAGCUUCAGGACCGCCAUGGUGGCAGCCAUCGGGCUUGGAAGAAAGCUGUGAAUGGACGAAAACACGGCGACGGUUGCAGGCACCUCCUCCUCCUGUCUUUGUUAUCGCGAGAGAGCUCGCACGUUCCUGCAAGUCCCCCCGAGAGGUCAGAAAAACAGCCAUUGGAUUCAACGAGGGAAGAGCCGUCGUCGUCACUUCCACCUGAACUGCUAUGUGAGCGUCCUUCGGGGAUUUUUUCCGACUUCUUGGUGCCUCCUGUUGUGCACACGGCCCACACAUGUACAAGUGAAGUGCGGGUGACAGCUGAGGCUCGCGCUCCCCGCAAGGGCUCUCUCGGGAGUAACGACGGAGCAAGAACACAUGCAUCAGGUCGACCACACAAGAACAGAGGGAGCUCGUUGCCAGCGUCCCCAUCUCUACACCACCAACAGGGGAGCGCGACAAAAUCGUUCACGCCCCCUCUUUCAAAACCCCCAUCUGACCAGUAGUUCCACUAGUCUGCUUCCUCCUGCCAAAAACCUUUGCAUGUCCAAUUAGCACUUUUAACCUUUCAUGUGCCAUUUGAGCUGCACUUGGGGUUCUGACUUUUCGGUGUUUUCAUUUGGCAAAACUGGGGGGUGUUUAACAGUGUUAACGCUUUAUGGAAAAUUUCUGGAAAGAGUAGGAAACUCCGACCCUAUCUAUAUUAAAAAAAAAACAGGCUCUAACUUCUAUCACUGUUUGCGUUCCAUGCCGAGUUGAGGCAUAAUUUUCCAGUGGCACAAAGCACAUCUGUCUCAUCCUCGACAAACAUCAGAGAACAGUGUUCCGUGCAUGGUGGGUACCAUCCUGGAAAAACAUUCCACAUCACACGUUAUUUAUUUGUAGAGGCUCGCUUUUGUGUAAAUAAACAUACUGAU